AUGAAUCAUACUUCUCUACACCGGCAGUCUGACAGCUCGCGCCGUGUCAGCUUCGAGCAGCGGACUGUACCGAAGCGAGAGAGUUUGACGCAAUGGAAGCAAGAGCGGGAAGAAGCCAAAGCAAGCACGUACACCGACCACAAGGCGAGGAUGCAGGAACGCGUUAGGCGUGCGAAUGAGCUAGAGGAAGAGAGAGAGAAAGAGCUCGUGUUGAUGGGCAAGCGUGUCGGCAAAACUGAGAGUAGAAGCUGCUUCGGUGGGUUGUUCACUGUGCUGAGAGGCAAGAGCGGCUGA